CCCCUGGGCAGCGGUGGGUCUGUCCGCGUUCUGCCCCUAGAUAGAUCCUUCUGGUUGUUCCAGACGCUUUGCGGGAAGCGCAGGAAGGCGAGGAAGGCGAGGUUCUUUGCCCCUUUGCACCCCAGCAAUCCGGAAGGCAAGACCGCCUGCGGGAGGGGGCCUAGACUGCUGUGGCAAAGAACGGGCGGCCCCCGGGCUCCGGCGUCCAGGUGGGGAGCACACGGGGCUACCGAAGGCCCGGAAGCACCUCUUUUAACCCUUCCCUCUCGGAAGAGGUGCACGCCCCUCUCCCAGCAGCGCCUUUGGCUGGGAGUCCGGUCCCGCUUCCCACUGGCCCACAGGAGAAUUUGGAGGUUGCGUGGGUCUGGAGCUGUUUCAACCCCCUGGCCCUGCCUGCUCCGGCCUCCCACGUGCAGGCUUUUUGGGGCACAGCCGUCUCUGCGGGUUGCCCUGUAUAAGUCUGCUGCUCCUCCGUAACCAGCUGGCAGAAAGCAGAGCUCAGCGCAGUCCCCUUUCCUGGGCCCCACGCCUGGGCCAGACCCUUGCGGAAGAGACCGUGGACUCUUCAGGGCCCCGGGGAGGAAUCCUGAGGUCGGUCCCUCCCAUCCUGGGGCACCCCUGGAGCAGCGAGCUCCCAGAGCCCCAAGGAGCGGGAACGGGGAUUCCCUCAGCGCAGACUCCGGGUGCAGCUCCUGAGCACAAAGGCCACACCCUCACAGGCCAGGCGACGUGGGGAUAGAGCGUGGGCUUCUGCCGAACUACCUGGACACCUGAGGUACCCAAGCAAGGACAGGAAUAAUGAAGAGACACGUGUGUUAGUUGCAACCUUCUGAACCAAGCAAGAAGGAAAUCAACAGUGUGGACAGGGCUGGAACCGUUGGCACGCUUGCUUGUUGGAGUGAAUGAGGAAUGGGCUUGUGAUUAUGCUGACAUUCCAGCAUGAAUCUGGUAGACCUGUGGUUAACCCGUUCCCUCUCCAUGUGUCUCCUCCUACAAAGUUUUGUUCUUAUGAUACUGUGCUUUCAUUCUGCCAGUAUGUGUCCCAAGGGCUGUCUCUGUUCUUCCUCUGGGGGUUUAAAUGUCACCUGUAGCAAUGCAAAUCUCAAGGAAAUACCUAGAGAUCUUCCUCCUGAAACAGUCUUAUUGUAUCUGGACUCCAAUCAGAUCACAUCUAUCCCCAAUGAGAUUUUUAAGGACCUCCAUCAACUAAGAGUUCUCAACUUGUCCAAAAAUGGCAUUGAGUUUAUCGAUGAGCAUGCCUUCAAAGGAGUAGCUGAAACCUUGCAGACUCUGGACUUGUCUGACAACCGGAUUCAAAGCGUGCACAAAAAUGCCUUCAAUAACCUGAAGGCCAGGGCCAGAAUUGCCAACAAUCCCUGGCACUGCGACUGUACUCUCCAGCAAGUUCUGAGGAGCAUGGCAUCCAACCAUGAGACAGCCCAUAAUGUGAUCUGUAAGACUUCUGUGUUGGAUGAACACGCCGGGAGACCAUUCCUCAAUGCUGCCAAUGAUGCUGACCUUUGUAACCUCCCGAAAAAGACUACCGAUUAUGCCAUGCUGGUCACCAUGUUUGGCUGGUUCACCAUGGUGAUCUCCUAUGUGGUGUAUUAUGUGAGGCAAAACCAGGAGGAUGCCCGGAGACACCUUGAAUACUUGAAAUCCCUGCCAAGCAGGCAGAAGAAAGCGGAUGAGCCCGAUGACAUUAGCACUGUGGUAUAGCGUCUGGACAGACUGACACCGAGAAACAGAUUCGUUUGCCGUUGCAAUAGAAUAAGUGGUUUACUUCUCCCAUCCAUUGUAAACAUUUAAAACUUUGUAUCUCCAUUUCUUUUGAAUUAUGCCACUGUUGAACUUUUAACAAACAUGAUGACGUAACAACUCAUUUUAGUUUAGGUGACCCACCCCUGAAAUGUACCCCCAGUGGUAUAACCUGAGUAAGCUACUAUCUGAACAUAAGUUAGAUCCAUCUCACUAUUUAAUAAUGAAAUUUAUUUUUUUAAUUUAAAACCAAAUAAAAGCUUAACUUUGAACCAUGAAAAA